AUGGCUACUUCAAGCGAGACGCCUCUACCUGAUGAUUGGGGCUUUGGACAGAUCCAAAUUAGUAAGAAGAAGAAGAUGAAGAAAGGUGGGAGGAUUCAUACACUGCCUGUACCUCCGCCGCCUCCGGCAGAGCAGGACGCUUGGCAACCAGAAGCGUUUGUGGAAAAGGCUUCAUACAAUGAUGGCAUGACCUGUGAGCCUGAGAUUACGACAGAAUACGGUCUAUCAGCAAAGGAUUUGGAGCCUUACGCGACUUGCGAUAUACCAGCUCCUGAGGCUAAAGAAGGACCCAUGAGCGAGAAGCUCGGCGAAAACGAAGCAGCUACUAUUCCAACUACCAAUACAGCCGAAGAAGAAGAGGAGCUAGCCGCCUUGACUGUUAAGAAAGCCAAAAGGGGCAAGCUGCUUAAAAGGGAUAUGGUUCGAUUGACUCUCCUUACACAAAGAGCCCAAAAUGCAGCGCAGGCCCAAGCUGCUAAGGGCGAUGAAGAUGCAGCUGUAGAAGCCAUACCGGAGAAAGCAGACUGGGGCUAUACGUGGGAUUAUGUGGCACUAGCAAAGCCACCAGCAGAUGAAACGCCGAAGGAAGAUAAACCUUGGCCAGAAGAGGAAACUGCGGCAGUAGAAGCAGAGCCGAUAGAAGACGCUAAACCUAUGGAUGAGGAAGAACACAAAGAGCCGAAGCCCGAUGACUGUAUUCAAAAGGAUCACGAAAUAGCAAAACUACCUUUCAGCAGCCCGUAUAAGUUAGCGGCAUAUCUACAGCAGAUCCUCGAACAGGCGUGUUUUGCUUAUGGACAGAAAAACUGGCCAGAACUACUACGCAAGAAUAAUUGGGACUGUGUAGAAGCAGUAUCACUUACUACUUGGGUGAAGAAAUUGGAGGGCACUUUGGAUAUGCAACCGAGCAGAUGUCUUCUGCAAUCAAUAGCUGAGGUCCAAGCCAUAGCCGUUGAACGUAGGCCUAUCGACUGGCCUAUGAUGAAGAAGUUUUUUGACGAUGCUAUCGAGCUCACCAAGAUCUUGAAUGUUAAAGAGUAUGGGGAAAUCAUUUUACAGGUUCAACUCGAUAUUGGAAAAAUAAUGAAGAGCUUGAGCCAAGACGAAGAGGUGACACGGAGCCAAGAGGAGAAGAAAUUGCACUGGAUUGCUGAGGAGCGAAGGAAGCUAGAUGAGCGAGAAGCGGAAGUCCGAAAGGGCAGUGAAAAAAGCACAAAUGAGUUUCAGAAAUCGGCUGAAUGGGAAGUUAAGAGAGUGCUCAAAGAGGCAGAAAAGCAUUAUUAG